AAAAAAUCAGAAAUCAAAAUUUCUUUUCUGCAUCGAGUCAAGAUCUAGUUAUUUUAAUGGUGUAAAGGUUCUAUUUUAAAAAAUGAAGGAGUACCACGUGUACCAUACGCGUAUUUACUGUAGUUUUUUGAGGUUAGAAUCAAUCGGUCUGACAAUCGGUUAUAUGUAAUACUUAUUAAUAAUAAAUAGUUAUGACAUCUUACAUAUCAUGUGCUUGUAAUCGGGUUCCACAUUCAGCCGACUGGGGACAAAAUGGACUUAUUUGCUUCGCAGCAUGUCACGCAGUUGCAAUUUACGAUCCGUCGGUUUCAAAAAUUGGCAAAGUAACACAAACACUCCACCGGCACAAAGAACGCAUUAAUACGGUUCGAUGGAUAAAACGAACAGACUUUUUAGGCGAAUUGGAGAUAUUGUCAAGUUCGGUAGAUGGAACUGCUAUUAUUUGGAGCAAAUUAAACGAAUGUUUUAAAUGCACCUCUAUAAUCGAAACUGGCGAUAUUCUUACAUUUAGCAAUUCUUUGUAUCUUCCUGAUCACAAUUUUCAAAAUGAUAAAAGCUUCCCAAAAUUGUUGGUGUGCACUGGAUCAGUUAACGGAGAUUUGAAAUUAUGGUCAAGAGACGCAUGCGGCGAUAUAAAAUGUUUUCAAACAUUUACAUUUGGGAAGAAGUUACCAAUAGAAGCUUCCUUCUCUUAUUUGCCUAGCACAAAUUACCCACUUUUAGCUGUUGCGACAGAAAAUUCAACGGUCGAACUAUAUACAACAGACACUGAUAUUAUGAAAGAAAUACAUUUUGUAAAAGUCCAAGUUCUAAGUGGACACGAAGAUUGGGUACGUUGUAUUGAUUUUAAUUAUGAUACGAAUAAUAAUCUUUUACUUGCAACUGGCUCUCAAGAUACUAUGAUAAGAUUGUGGAAAAUUUCUGCAAAUGCCACAGAAUCUAUGAGUGAUGAAUUACAUCAGAAAGAACAAGUGUUUAUGGUUAAUGGUACAAAGUAUAAUAUUAUUUUGGAAUCUGUACUUUAUGGUCACGAUGGUUGGAUUUAUGGUAUACACUGGUAUCCGCAGCAAAUGAAUAACAGAAAUAGGAUCUUGAGAUUAUUAUCUUGCUCGUUAGAUAAAACCAUGAUUAUAUGGGAACCAGAUGAAAUAACUGGAAUUUGGUCUGAGAAAGUAAGAGUGGGAGAAGUUGGUGGUAAUUCAUUGGGCUUUUAUGGCUGUAAAUUCAGCAAUAACGGAUUAAAUAUAUUAGCACACGGAUAUCAAGGGUCAUUUCACAUUUGGGAAUAUUUGGAUAGUGUACAAAAUUGGAUUCCAAAAUCAAUACCAAGUGGUCAUUUCGCAGAAAUAGUUGAUCUUUGCUGGGAUCCAAAAGGAAGGUUUCUCAUUACUACAAGUGUAGAUCAAACAACGAGAAUUCAUGCACCAUGGAAAAAUGGAACAACAGAAUUUUGGCACGAAAUUGGACGUCCACAAGUUCAUGGAUAUGAUAUGUCUUGCUUAGUUAUGUUAACACCGUACAUGUUUGCUUCAGGAGCAGAAGAGAAAGUUGUACGUAUAUUCACGGCUCCAGUAACGUUUAAGAAUUAUUUAGGAAAACUUGCUAAUGUUGAUGACUUCAAAAAUACAAUGGCCGACAGUGCGUCGGUUCCUGCUCUUGGAUUGACAAACAAAGCAACAUUUAAUGAUAGUAUUAAAAUUAAAAAUGUUAAUAUCGACGAUUUUAAAAAUGAGGAUUACAUUCCUCCGACCGAGGAAGAAUUAAUGCAAAAUACAUUAUGGCCGGAAUUACAAAAAAUUUAUGGUCAUGGAUAUGAAAUAUUUUCUAUAACUGCCAGACAUGAUGGAUCGUUAUUGGCGACUGCAUGUAAAUCAACUUCACCAGAACAUUCCGCAAUAUUAUUAUGGAACACAAGUACAUGGUCACAAGUUCAGAAACUUGCAUCUCAUCAAUUAACUGUGACACAAAUGGAAUUUUCACCGAAUGACAAAUACCUAGUAUCUGUAUCUAGAGAUAGAAGGUGGUCAUUGUUCGAGUAUAAUGACAAUACAUACACUUUAAUAGCAGCCAGUUUGAAAAAAGAUAAUUUUCAUACUCGUAUAAUAUGGUGCUGUUCAUGGACACACGAUUCACGUUUCUUUGCAACUGGUUCCAGAGAUGGAAAAAUUGGAGUUUGGAAUCCAAAACUCACAGAUAACAAAAUUGUCCCAACAACGAAUUUGUGUGUAAAAGAUUCUGUUACAGCACUUUCGUUUUCUCCACAGAGUAUUUCUGAACAUACUUACAUUUUAGCAAUAGGACUUGAAACAGGUUGUAUACAAAUACAAAGGUUGCAAAUAUUAACAGAUAAUUUUGUAUGGCACAAAUGUAUAGUAUACGAUUCUUCUCAAGCGCAUCAUUUAACUGUAAAAAGGCUCAAAUUUCGACCACAAAAAGAGUAUUCAAAUACUCUACAAUUAGCAAGCUGUGGAUCUGAUUAUACUACUAAAAUAUAUGAUAUAAAGAUUGCAGAAUUAAAGGACUUAUAAAAUAAUUGUAUUUUUAUCUAGUAAUAGUGUACACUUAAUCUUAAUUAUAGAUAUUAAUUACAUUUA